CAUCAAAUGCUGUUUUAGUAAAGAUUGAUCGCUUGAACCAAGAGCAGCAAAUCGAGUUGUUUCAGCAAGAGACGGGAAAGACUAAAGGCGAUUAUGAAGAAUUCAUCAAGAAAUUUACAUCAAAGGACAUCUUAAGUAAUCCUUUGCACCUUUCUUUGGUUGCUAAGUACGGAGCAGAAGGAAACUUGUACCAAAUCUACGACCAGGUUGUGCGACACAAAGUGGAGGACUCUCUGAUCAGGAAUGGAUACGACAAGAACAACAAAGUCAAAUUUCAAGAGGAAAUUGACGUCGCUUUCGAAUGUCUUCGACAGAUAGCAAGUUUCCACAUCAGAGUAUUUCCCCCAAUUGGUAACACGAGACAAGACCUUGAAAAAAUCAACUGCUAUGGCAUUGCUUCCUUUGAGAACAACAAGGUUACUUUCGUUCAUCAGACUUUCGCCGAAUUUCUUGCAGCCCAGCAUUUCCUACGAGAAAUCGAGGAUAGUGGCGAAUGCGAUUUCCAAACCAGUACUGAUAAUUUUGAAAAUUUAUUUUUAGGGGAAUGGCAUUUUGGGUACCGAAAUUUUGUCGAUCUUUUCUAUUCCACAGUGUUGACUGAUGAGGAAAUGGUAGAAGAGCACAGAGCAUCAAUACUUCCAAUCGUGAAGGUGGACCCAGAUAAGUUCUUGGAAUUGAUUGUUCACUAUGGCUGUGUAAAUAUUUUCAAAAUGCUUUAUCCAAUCAUCACCUUCAGUAAAAACCUAGAGGAUAAUGGCAUUUCUUUUGCAAAGAAUAAGUCUCUUUUGAACGGUGCGGGAGAAAUCGAAAUCAUGCUGCUAGACACCAACUUAAUCAACAGUGACGCUGAGUUGCUACUGAUUUUGCCUUCCCUGUUGGAGUCAAUAGCUGAAUCAAACGCAACCGACUUCUUUGAAAAGCUGAAGACAAAAUAUCCAAGAUUGCCAGAGAUGAUCCGCUCUAGAAAACUGACAAUUGAGGCUGGAGCGAUUGCAGCAAGACAGAAUCACGGCGAAAUCCUUGAUCUACUGCUGCAAAACGGUGUCGACAUAGAUAUCAUAGAAAAAUUCUACGGAAACGCCCUAUAUUCCGCUAUUGCACAUGGAGCUAUAAAGUGCGUGGAAAUUUUGCUCAAGCAUGGCGCGAAAUUGGCAACCGAUGCAUAUAACCAAAUCUGGGACCCAAUGAUGGUGGCUGUUCAAGUAAAUAACCUAGACCUGGUCAACUACUUUUUGGAGGAAAACGUUACUGGACUGCAACGCAGCAAAGAAACUUUCGCAAUCAAUGAAGUAAAAGCAAAUUUGAAUGCUUUCCAUUUUGCUAUUCAAAUGGGUCGCAAAGAAAUCGCAAAAUUUUUUAUAGAAAGAAAUCCAAGUUUUAAAAAUGUGGAAAAUGGCAAUGAAGGAAGUUUCCUACAAAGUUCAGCAAAAAAAAGGUAUUUAGAAAUGUGUCAAUGGCUUGUUGACGAAGAAGUGGUUGACGUCAACACUUUACGACCAAGUGGAGAACCAACUGAUUGGUCCUCGGAUGAAAAUUUCUACAUGGACCAUUUCUUAAUUCUACAAAAGAAAGACAUUAACAUGACGGACGAAAGAGGAAAAACUGCUCUUCAUUGUGCUGCGGAACAUGGAUAUCUUGAUCGUGUCCAAGAGUUAAUUCAAUCUGGCGCAAAUAUUCGAGCUGUUGAUGAAAAUGGAUGGAACGCUUUUCAUUUUGCUUGCAAAAGUGAAAGUAAACAUCAAGAAAAAGUGAUUCGAUUGUUGCACAAUACCGACAGUCAGCUGUCCAAGGAGAAAACCAAAAGUGGUCAAACAGGGCUGCAUAUUUAUCUAAAAUUCAGAUAUUUCUCGACUAAGAAAGCGCGUUUCCUGGUCGAAGAGAUUGGAGUUGACGUACGAGCAGAAGACAAUAAAGGCCGCACUGUGUUGCGUAUUGCACAUUGCAGAGGAAAAAAGGUUGACUUUUUGAUGACAAAAGAAAUCAACCUGGAAGUAAAAAACCAACGAGGGCGAACGUGCCUACAUUUAGCCGCGAAAAGCGGUGAUAUAGACGCCUUACAAACUUGGAUAGAUCUUGGUGGAGACUUGAAUGUGGUAGACAAUGAAGGAUUGACUGCGCUGCAUUUUGCCGCUAAAGGAGGACAUUUGCAAUUUGUGAAAAUGCUUUUAGCCUGUCAGGCCGAGGAAGCAAGAAAUCCAGAUGUUGGUGAGGGAUCUGUUGGGUCAGCACUGAAAGAGAACGUGAGAGUGAACAUAUGUGACAAUCUUGGAAGGACACCUAUGCACCUUGCUGCUCAAUCAGAAAAUUUUGAUUUGGUGAAAUUGUUGCUUGAAAACGGCGCAGAUUUAACUUUAACGGACAUGGAAAGAAAGAAUGCGAUCCACUACGCUAUCAACAACGAAGGAAUCUUACGGUUCAUCAAUGAGAAGAACGGAUCUCUUCUUAAACAGAGUUUAAAAGACGGAAGCACAUCUCUACACCUGGCAUUGGAAUCCUAUAAUGUAGAGGACGAUGGCAUCAUACGCUGGAUUUUAGAGCAAGGCGACAUCGAUUUGAAUGCGAAAAAUGAUUUUGGCGAUACACCACUCUUAUUGGCUUGCAAAAAAAUGUUCUGGAGAGUCGCCGAAUUGCUGCUGACCAGCAAUGUUGAGGUCAAUGUCUCGAACAAGAAGGGAAAAACCGCAAUGCACUACGCCGCAAAAAAAGGAAACGUGUUUUUAGUGAAGCUGAUGCAUGGAAAAGGUGCGGAUUUUACUCUAACAGACAACAAAGGAUUGAACACCUUGCACAGCGCAACGGGCAACUUCGAGGUAUUUUUAUUUCUUCACGAGAAAAAUAAUACUUUGUUGAUACAGCGUUUGAAAAACGGAGACUCAACCCUCCACUUGGCAAUAAGGUCUUAUCACUGCAUGAAAAUAAUAAAUUGGCUAGUUAAACAAUGCCAAAUUGACUUGAAUUCGACAAAUAGCGAGGGUGAGACACCCCUUCUGCUGGCUUGCAAGAGAGGAGAAUGGAUUAUUGCCCAAAAGGUGCUGGCUAAACGCGUUGAUGUAAAUGCGAAAGAUAAAAAAGGAAGAACGGCCCUGCACUACACCAUGAAUUUCACUGAAGACGAUGGGUUAGAAGAUUUACAUGCUUUUGAUUUGGUGCAAGAGUUGUGCAAAAGAGGCGCUGAUUUAGCUUCGACAGACAACGACGGGAUGAACGCAUUUCACCAUGCGAUGAGAAACUUUCGCAUGGCUCUAUUCAUUCAUGAGUUAAAUGGUGAUUUGGUUAAUCAGCGUGUGAACAAUGGAGAUACCACUCUGCAUCUGGCAAUCAAAGUUGAAAAAUUCAACCCAUUCUUAAUUGUUCAUUGGCUUGUGGAGCAAGGUGGCGUUGAUUUGAACGCGAGAAACGCUUUGAACGAAACGCCGCUAAUUCUGGCUUGCAAGAAGAGCCACUGGUUUGGGGCUUGGGACAUUAUUGAAAUACUACUGUCUAAAAAUGUGGAUGUCAACAUAAGAGACAAUAAGGGCAAAACUGCUCGGGACUAUUUAGAUGAUCAAACUCGUUUAAAAAGGUUUGAUGAAAUCGUAGCGUCAAACGUAGAUGAGGUCGGAGAAUGAGUGAUUCAAUCUUUAUUUAAGUUGGAAAGUACAUACCAGUUUAGCUAUACUAUUAACGUUUUCAUGGCGUGUUAUUAUAUGGUGUCAUAUUUUAACUUGAUUUUAAUUUUUAUUUUUGAUUGGCAUUUCACCGACAUGUUUGCUUAGUAAUGUGCCUUUUCCAAUUAUUUUCUUCUGUAUAUUGUUGAUAUUGUUAAUAAUAAGAGGUUUGCAGAAAUUUCAAUUUGUAUUAUUUGGAAAUUGUAUAUAUGUAGAUGGAUGAAAUAAUUAUGCAGUAUGGAUUUUAAUUUUCCUAAGAAAUUUUUUAGUGUAUGAAUUGCACUCUGGCUGUAUAAAACGUACCUUUAAAAAAGCGAUGCUUAGGAAUUUUGUAUGCAUAGCAUAGUAUGGAAAUUAAUUAAUAAAUUAAAUUUUUACAAUAAAAUUUGAAUAGUUUGUAAAAUAUGAUUAUUGCCUUUUAUUCCAAAAUAUAAUAAGAUAUUUGAUCAUUCCUAAAAAAAUGUUAUGAGUCAAUAAAUAACGAUAAUUAUGGGAGGAUUGAUUUCAAACUUUUCCCAGGACGAAAC